AUGGCGAGCGGCGCCGGGAGGAUCGCCACUGCUCGUCCGAUGGAGAUCGCUGCCGGUCCUGGAGCUCAUCCCUUGGGGAAGCGCGUCGGCCAGGAUGAUCACAUAGAGUCUGAUGAAGAGCUCCCUAAGAAGACAAAACGUUACUUUGCUAAUGCUGCAGAGACAUUUGAUGCUGAAUUUUAUGCUAAGGUCAAUGAUGAUAGAUACAUAAACGUUGACACUCUGAGUGCAAUGCUUGAAACUCACUGGGACAAGCCUCGUGUCUACAUAGGCUGUAUGAAAUCUGGGGAGGUCUUUUCUGAAGUGACCCAUAAGUGGUAUGAACCGGAUUGGUGGAAAUUUGGUGACGGCAAAUCAUACUUUCGACAUGCUUCUGGUGAAAUGUUUGUCGUAUCAAGGGCCGUGGCUCAGUUCAUUUCUAUAAACAGGUCUGUUCUCCGGACAUAUGCACAUGAUGAUGUUAGUGUUGGAUCGUGGAUGAUUGGGCUUGCUGUAAAGCAUGUAAAUGAAGCAAAGCUAUGUUGUUCAUCAUGGCCCUCAGGAGCCAUGUGUUCAGCUCUUUGAUGGGCAGUGCUUCCCUGAAGAAGGGUUUUGUGAAGAGUGUGUUACACUGAAUAGAUUUUCGUUUUCUCUUGCCAUUUCUUUUUUUCUAUGCCAUCAUUGAGCAAGCAGUGCCGGUUCAUAGUGAAUGUGGUAUCUUCAAUGCGAAGGAGAAGUAUUGUACCUUUUCCUCGUAUGCCGACACUACCUGCCGUAGUUUUUUUGUCA